AUGUCAUUCGCAGAAACCAGCAGAAGCAUCAACAGCAACAGCAGCAGCAGCAGCAGCAGCAGCAGCAGCAGCAGCAGCAGCAGCAGCAGCAGCAGCAGCAGCAUCAGCAAGAGCAGCAUCAGCAGCGGCGAGUCUUCUUCAGCAGGAGGUGGAGGUGGAGUGUCUGUUGGAGCCAUCGUUGGCAUUGUUGUUGCCGCUGUGGUCAUUCUCCUGCUUCUGGGCGCCACUCUGCUUUACGUCCGGCAAAAGAAGAGCACUGGCAGCAAUCUAGCAGCCUCGCACUGCACGGAGUUCUCAAUAGCAGAGGUCGUCAAGGCCACCAAUGACUGGUCAAAGGACAACCAGCUGGGCUCGGGUGCGUUUGGCGAUGUGUACAAGGGCGUGUCUCCCCGCGAUGGCACCUUAUGGGCUGUGAAACGAGCCAGGCUGAUUGACGUGGACUCCCAGAAGGAGAUCCAGCAGAUGGCCGACAAGAACCAUCCCAACAUUGUGAGGCUUCGUGGUUAUGCGAUCGCAGGAGACUUGAGGUCACGGCUAGAGCAAGUUCUCAUCUAUGAAUACGUGCCCAAUGGCGACCUUCGCGAAUGGAUUGGUCCAAAUGCCGAACGCCUUCUGACUCUGAAGCAGCGGCUCGACAUUCUCAUCGGCAUCGCACGGGGCGUCGAGUACCUCCACGGCUUUGGCAUCGUGCAUCGUGACAUUAAUCCUGGCAACGUCCUCAUCACCGACGACAUGCAGGCAAAAAUUGCAGACUUUGGGCUGGUGAGGAUAGGAGAGGGCACUUCUGUAAGCACGACGCGUGUCAUGGGCACACCGGGCUAUGUGGAUCCAGCCUACUUCAGCACGUGCAAGGCCACCACUGCCAGCGACGUGUACAGCUUUGGAGUGCUCAUCCUGGUGGUGUUUACGGGACGCCCACCAUUUGUGGAGGCCGAUGAAGAGGGUCAGCUGAUCACAAAAUGGGCGUCGGACUGCCUUUCCUCGGGGGACUUGGCCAGCCUCAACCACCCCACCAUGGACGCCCCAGCAGAUGCUGUGCUGCGUGUGGCUCAGCUCGCCCUCACCUGCACCACAGAACGCACUGCAGCCCGCCCAAGCAUGGCACACAUCGCCAAUGAGCUGCAGGCCAUCCGGGAGGAGGUGGUCGGGAAGGAGGAGCUGAGCGCGGCUGUGAAGGUGGAUGCGCAGGUCCAGGAGAGGGAGGUUGUUGCCAAUGUGUUAAGCCUUGACGAACAGCUUCAGAUUCUUGAUUACAACUUGGCUGAAGGAUAG